AUGUCCUCCACACCUUCAUGCCGCAAUUGGUUUGGUUUCUUUCGACGACAGCGUGUGAACAGCCAGCCAGCCCCUUUCAGAUUUUACGGCACUGUCGACCCUUGGCAUCAGUUGGCUCACUUUGCUCGCCUUGCCUCAACUCGGAAUCGUCCCUUACCCCAGCCGGGCCAACGAUCCGAGAGCCCUUGA